AUGUCUCCACUUCUGAAAAGCAUCUUGGAUAUCACUGAAAUUUUCAAUCAGUAUGCCUUACAUGAUUGUGAUGGGGCAGCACUAAGCAAGAAAGACCUGAAGAACCUCCUUGAAAGGGAAUUUGGAGAUGUCCUUCGGAGGCCACAUGACCCUGAGACAGUAGAUCUGAUCCUGGAACUUCUGGAUCGUGACUGUAACGGGCUCGUUGAUUUCAAUGAAUUCCUCCUGUUCGUUUUCAAGGUGGCUCAAGCUUGUUAUUACGCUCUCAGCCAGGUUUCCGGGCUGGAUGAGAAGGGGGUCAGGUGUGAGGGAAAGGAGAACCCGUUACAAGAUCCCAGGCAAGAAGACCAGAGAUUUGAGCCCCGGGACAGACAACUGGAAGAACACAGGCAGAAAAGGCAGGAACUGGAGAGGGAGCUCGCAGAGGAAGACAAGCAGCGGCUGCAGAGGCGACAACCGGAAGAGCGCCUGGAGGAGGAAGAGCAGCUGAAGAGGCGCAAGGGUCGGGAGCCUGAGGAAUUUCCUGACCGAAAGCAAAGGCAAGAGAGGCGGGAGCAGCGCGAGCUCCGGGAAGAAGAGGAGCAGUUGCAAAGGCAGAAGCGGGAGCAGGAGGAGCCGCGGUUGCAGCAGGAGCUGAGGCGCGAGAAGCAGGACAGACGCGAGCAGACAGAAAGGCGCGAGCAGCAGCUGAGGCGCGGGGAGCCGCGCUUAGAGCAGGAGCUGAGGCGCGAGCAGCAGGAGAGACGCGAGCAGGAACUGAGGCGCGAGCAGAGGCUGAGGCGCGAGGAGCAGGAGAGACGCGAACAGAUAGAGAGGCGCGAGCAGCAGCUUAGGCGCGGGGAGUUGCGCUUAGAGCAGGAGCUAAGGCGCGAGCAAGAGAGGCGCGAGCAGCAGGAGAGACGCGAGCAGGAGCUGAGGAGCGAGGAGUUGCUCUUUGAACAGGAGCUGAGGCGCGAACAGAAGAGGCGUGAGCAGGAGCUGAGACGCGAGCAGAGGCUGAGGCGUGAGGAGCCGCGCUUAGAGCAGGAGCUGAGGCGCGAGCAGGAGAGACGCGAGCAAGAGCUGAGGCGCGAGGAGUUGCUCUUUGAACAGGAGCUGAGGCGCGAGCCGGAGAGGCGUGAGCAGGAGCUGAGACGGGAGCAGGAGAGACGCGAGCAAGACCUGAGGCGCGAGGAGUUGCCCUUUGAACAGGAGCUGAGGCGCGAGCAGGAGAGGCGCGAGCAGGAGCUGAGACGCGAGCAGCGGCUGAGGCGCGAGGAGCCGCGCUUGGAGCAGGAGCUCAGGCGCGAGCAAGAGCUCAGGCGCGAGGAGACGCGCUUGAAGCAGGAACUCAGGCGCGAGCAGGAGGAGAGGCGUGAGCAGGAGGAAAGACGCGAGCAGGAGGAAAGGCGCGAGCAGGAGCUCAGGCACGAGCAGGAGGAGAGGCGCGAGCAGGAGCUGAGGCGCGAGGAGCCCCGCGUGGAGCAGGAGCUCAGGCGCGAGCAAGAGCUCAGGCGCGAGCAGGAGGAGAGGCGCGAGCAGGAGCUGAGGCGCGAGGAGCCGCGCUUGGAGCAGGAGCUGAGGCGCGAGCAGCGGCUGAGGCGAGAGGAGACGCGCUUGGAGCAGGAGCUCAGGCGCGAGCGAGAGCUGAGGCGCGAGCAGGAGCUGAGGCGCGAGCAGGAGCUGAGGCGCGAGCAGGAGGAGAGGCUCGAGGAGCCGCGCUUGGAGCAGGAGCUGAGGCGCGAGCACCGGCUGAGGCGAGAGGAGACGCGCUUGGAGCAGGAGCUGAGGCGCGAGCAGGAGGAGAGGCGCGAGCAGGAGGAGAGGCGCGAGCAGGAGCUGAGGCACGAGCAGCAGCCUGCUGAGGAGGAGGUGGAGGCCCGUGAGCGGGGCAAGAGCCGCACCUCAAGGUGGCAGUGGCAGCUAGAAAGCGAGGCCGACGCCCGUCAGAGCAAGGUCUACUCCAGGCCCCGCAGGCAGGAGCAGCAGAGGCAAGGCCAGGAACGCGAAGAGAAGAGGCAGCGCCUGGAGCUCGAGCGGCAACUGCGGGAGGAGGACGAGCAGGCACGCCUGCAGGAGGAGGAAAAGCAGCGCCGAGACUUCAAAUGGCAGUGGCAGGCGGAGGAAGAGAGCGAGAGGCGCCGCCAGAGGUUCUCCGCCCGGCCCCAGUUGCGGGAGCAGCAGGAGAGGCAGCUGAGGGCGGAGGAACUGCAGGAUGGGGAACUGCUGCGUGAGGAGGAAGAGCAGCGCCGCCAACGACUCGAGAGGGAGCGGGAGCAGCAGAUCCUCGAGGAGGAGAAGCAGCUCCGAUUGGAGCAGAGCCUCCAAGAGGAUCAGGAGAGGAAGCUACGCCGGGAGGAGCAGCGCCGUGACCAAAAAUGGAGGUGGCAACCAGAAGAGGAAAGCCAGAGACGCCGCCACACAGUCUACGCCAAGCCAACUCAACGAGAGCCGCUGAGGGAGGAAGAGCAGCUGCAGCGAGAGGAACUCAAGACGAGGAGGCGCCAGGAGCUGGAGAGACAAUAUCGGGAGGAAGAGCCGCUGAGGGAGGAAGAGCAGCUGCUAAGAGAUCGGAGGCGCCAGCAGCGCGGCAGGCAGUAUCUGGAAGAGGAAGAGCUGCAGCGCCUGGACAGAAAGAGGCAAUUCCAGGAUGAGGAUCAGAGCCGCGAUCUGAAAUGGCAGUGGCAACCAGAAAAAGAAAAUGAAGUUCGUAAUCACAGGGUUUACUCCAAACGCAAAGUGAACGAAGAAAGGAUCAGGCAAUUCGAAGAUUCCCAGGUUCGAGACAGACCAUUCCGGCAGAAUCGGUGGCUCCUGCAGGAUGAACGGGAUGAGGAGAGAGCGCGAGAGAAAGAGAGGACCCGGCAGCAGCGCGACAUGCAAUCCCCAGCUGAGGAACUGCUGGAGCGAGAAGAGCAAAAGGAAGCCAAAAGGCGAGACAGGAAGUUCGGCGAGGAGGAACAGCAGCAGCGCCGCCGGGAACGUGAGCAACAGCUUCGCCAGGAGCGCGACAGAAGGUUCCGUGAGGAGGAACAGCUCCUGCAGGAAAGGGAAGAACAGCUGCGCCGCCGGGAGCGCGACAGAAAGUUCCGUGAGGAGGAACAGCUCCUGCAGGAAAGGGAAGAACAGCUGCGCCGCCAGGAGCGCGACAGAAAGUUCCGCGAAGAGGAAGAGCUGCGUCGCCAGGAGCGCGACAGAAACUUCCGUGAGGAGGAACAGCUCCUGCAGGAAAGGGAAGAACAGCUGCGCCGCCAGGAGCGCGACAGAAAGUUCCACGAGGAGGAGUUGCUGCGCCGCCAGGAGCGCGACAGAAAGUUCCGCGAGGAGGAAGAGCUGCGCCGCCAGGAGCGCGACAGAAAGUUCCGUGAGGAAGAGCAGCUCCUGCAGGAAAGGGAAGAACAGCUGCGCCGCCAGGAGCGCGACAGAAAGUUCCGCGAGGAGGAAUUGAUGCGCCGCCAGGAACGUGACAGAAACUUCCGUGAGGAAGAACAGCUCCUGCAGGAAAGGGAAGAACAGCUGCGCCGCCAGGAGCGCGACAGAAAGUUCCGUGAGGAGGAACAGCUCCUGCAGGAAAGGGAACAGCUGCGUCGCCAGGAGCGCGACAGAAAGUUCCGCGAGGAGGAAGAGCUGCGCCGCCAGGAGAGCGACAGAAAGUUCCGUGAGGAAGAACAGCUCCUGCAGGAAAGGGAAGAACAGCUGCGCCGCCAGGAGCGCGACAGAAAGUUCCGCGAGGAGGAAUUGAUGCGCCGCCAGGAACGCGACAGAAACUUCCGUGAGGAGGAACAGCUCCUGCAGGAAAGGGAAGAACAGCUGCGCCGCCAGGAGCGCGACAGAAAGUUCCGUGAGGAGGAACAGCUCCUGCAGGAAAGGGAACAGCUGCGUCGCCAGGAGCGCGACAGAAAGUUCCGCGAGGAGGAAGAGCUGCGCCGCCAGGAGAGCGACAGAAAGUUCCGUGAGGAAGAACAGCUCCUGCAGGAAAGGGAAGAACAGCUGCGCCGCCAGGAGCGCGACAGAAAGUUCCGCGAGGAGGAAUUGAUGCGCCGCCAGGAGCGCGACAGAAACUUCCGUGAGGAGGAACAGCUCCUGCAGGAAAGGGAAGAACAGCUGCGCCGCCAGGAGCGCGACAGAAAGUUCCGCGAGGAGGAGUUGCUGCGCCGCCAGGAGCGCGACAGAAAGUUCCGCGAGGAGGAAGAGCUGCGCCGCCAGGAGCGCGACAGAAAGUUCCGUGAGGAAGAACAGCUCCUGCAGGAAAGGGAAGAACAGCUGCGCCGCCAGGAGCGCGACAGAAAGUUCCGCGAGGAGGAAUUGAUGCGCCGCCAGGAGCGCGACAGAAACUUCCGUGAGGAGGAACAGCUCCUGCAGGAAAGGGAAGAACAGCUGCGCCGCCAGGAGCGCGACAGAAAGUUCCGCGAGGAGGAAGAGCUGCGCCGCCAGGAGCGCGACAGAAAGUUCCGUGAGGAAGAGCAGCUCCUGCAGGAAAGGGAAGAACAGCUGCGCCGCCAAGAGCGCGACAGAAAGUUCCGCGAGGAGGAAUUGCUGCGUCGCCAGGAGCGCGACAGAAAGUUCCGUGAAGAGGCACCGUUCCCGCAGGAAAGGGAACAGCUGCGUCGCCAGGAGCGCGACAGAAAGUUCCGUGAGGAGGAACAGCUCCUGCAGGAAAGGGAAGAAGAGCUGCGCCUCCAGGAGCGCGACAGAAAGUUCCUCGAGGAGGAAGACUUGCGCCGCCAGGAACGCGACAGAAAGUUCCGGGAGGGGGAACAGAGGCUGCGCCGCCGCCGAGGACUAGAUGGUACCCUCUCUCAGGAGGAGCAACUGAAGGGUGCUGAACAAGAGCAAGAGCAGAGCGUCCAGCAGGAGAGAGAAGAAAAGAGACACCGACAGGAGCAGGACAGGCAGUUCCUCGAGGAAGAAGAGCAACUGCCACGCGAAGAGCAGGAAGAGCUGAGGCGCCGGCAGGAGCGAGGCCAGCAGUACCGCGUGGAGGAGCAGUUUGCCAGGGAGAAGAGGCGCCGUCAGGAACAAGAACUGCGGCAAGAAGAGCAAAGACGCCGCCAGCGGGAGGAGGAACGAAGGCACUGCAGGCAAGUCUGGGAAGACGGAGACAGGGGCCGUCGGCAGACUCUGGAGCCAGGCAAGAGUCAGUUUGCCAGUGUCCCGGUGCGCUCCAGCCCUCUCUAUGAAUAUAUCCAAGAGCAGAGAUCUCAGUACCGCCCUUAAGAGAUGCUGCCAAUAUCCUGACACCUGCCAAAGCUUCCAGCAAAGGAAAAAGAAACACUGGAUACCAAAUGACUCAAAUGUUUCUGGUUGUGGGAGAACUCUCUGAUGUUCCAAAAUCUUUUUUUUCCAAAAUCUUAAACUACACUCAUUUCAUGUACCUUGUACUCUUGCCUUUUAUUCUUCCUCAAGUAGUUCUUUACUGCAGGGUGUCUUUGUUCUUUGGUGCAGAUGUGGUGUGCAAUUUUUAAAAAUCUAAAUCAUUUAAUUUG